AGUCGCCAUCUAGUAUUACCGGAGAGUACAUGUGCGGGUACUUUUAUUUCGUAAUUUCCAGUUUCUUCAAUUGUUCAAAAGUAAAUUGAAAUACAAAUGUCAAGUUUAUGUAGAGAACUUGUUACUAUUCAUUGCGGUAAUUAUGCUAAUUAUAUAGGCUGUCAAUGGUGGAGUUUACAAGAAAUAGCUUUUCACUAUGCAACAUCUUACGACAAAGUUGAAAAAUUUAAGGAUAUCAAUCCCGAUGUUACUCACAGAGAGGGCAAAACCCUUAGUGGUGAUAUUACCUACACUCCAAGAGUUAUUUCUUUAGAUUUUAAAGAAAAUAUCGGUCAUCGACCAGAAAGUGAUCUGUAUCGUGUAAAACCAAUACAAGAAUCUGAGUUAAAUCAAUGUUUCGACGGUAAAGCUGACGUUCAUAAGGAGGAGGUUCUUCAAGAGUCUUGGACAAAAUAUUUAUCUACACGAUAUCAUCCAAAAUCAUUAAUUUCACUCAAUGCUCAUCAAAAUCCUAUACCUUACCAAUUUGGCUACGAACUUUAUGCAAAACAUCUUAGAGAUAUUGAAGAUUCCUUGUAUUUUUUUGUUGAAGAAUGCGACAAUAUGCAAGGAGUUAUUCUAAUGUCUGAUGGAAAUUCUUUCGGAGGUCUAUCAGAAAAAAUUAACGAAUUAUUAACAGAUGAAAUUGGAGUACCCGUUAUUUAUUCAAUGCCGAUAUGGAAUAAUUCAGUUGGAGAGGAUUAUAGAAGUAGUUUAUUAAAUAAUAUCUUUUCCCUGUCUUCAACGUUUCAAAAUAGUUCGUCUGUAUUAUCUUUGGAAUCUUCCAUGAUUCUCAACUUUCUCCAAUCCAAUGGUAUCAACGAAUUGAAUAUGGAUGCUAGAACUUCUUCAAUCAUUGCAAGCUUUAUUGAUACAACUCUUUUACCAAUAAGGAGAAAAGAGAAUAGUUUAACACUAAUCGAUCAUAUUAAUGAUGUAAAUGUUGGAACAAAACGUUUACAUUCUGGCUAUAUAAAAUUCCAAACGGAGAAAAAUGAAUUUGGAUUUUCAGUAUCACCACAAGGCCCAUCAACUGAUAAAUAUUAUUCGAGAGUUUUUGUUGAAAGAGGAAAAUUCGACAAGCUUACAAAGAGAGAUACAAAUUUAACAAAAACCCACGAAUUUCAUAAUCAUCCGUUAAUAGUUAACAAGAUCUUGAACGAUGUGUUGGAAACUACUAAUAGUUAUGAAUUAAAUAUUGAAGGAGAAUUAACAAACGAUGCUAAUAAUGUUGAUUUCUUAAAGAAGUUAACAACUAAUACUAGUAAAAUUGACUAUAGAAGAAUUCCAGCUUUUGCAACUCUUGAAAAAGAUGUUUUGGAUGAUAACUUGACCAUUUUAAACAGUGUCAUUGACUUAUAUCAAAAUAGAGAUGAUAUGAUCUAA